GCGUCCUCGUCUCUCCACUCUUAUUCGCUUCCCCGGAUCCUCUGCAUACAGUGCUGGGCACUAUCCACCUUCCGCAUGCCUUCAACGACUUUUACUCUUUUACCCCUGCAUAGCCUAUCACCCCAUAUCAUUACGGGCUCGCAUUUCACGAGGGAUACGCAUGCGAUGUACGAGGAUCUGCGUCAGGCGCUGGGUGGUUCAGGCAGGGGCAGCAGCGCGGAGGGGAAGAAAGGAUUGGGGAUUGGGGCGGCGGAGGGGAUGGGAGGCUCUCGGCAAUGUUAGGCAUCCCCGACGGACGCAUACAGUCCCGGUCGUAUGAAGCUGUCGCACACAAGCGUCCACUGCAUCAACUGGCCAAAUUGUAGGGCCAGCACACACAGCAUCCUGAAACAACGAACGCGGGAGGGGGCGGAGAGAGUUAAUGAAAGGGACCCUAUUGAAGCUUGUAUAAACACAACUCAAAAGUAACUUAUGUUCCCGGAACGAGGAUCAGGAGAGAUGAUGCGUGUGCACCAACGCCGAGCGCACACCCAUCCUGAGACAGCCGACGCUUGGCAAAGUUGCGAACGCGCCCAGCCCACCUUCGCGCCGCCUUAAACAAGCGUGCGAGCGCGACUGGAAUCGCCGGCGAGCUGAGAACGCAACCUAGCCCAGAAUAUUUUAAAGCACAUCGAUAUCGAAGUUGAUCACGCCAGAUGUUCGCCACCACCAUCCGCCUCGCUAGGUCCGCAUCGCCGCGUGCACUUCUCUGCACCUCUCGCACGUCGAGCAGCCCUCUCAGACUUGUACACCCACCACCUCGCGCCAUGUCGACCGUCACCACGCACCCGAGCAUCUCCGCGGUCUCCACCACUGACGCCCCCGCUGCUGUCGGUCCUUACAAUCAGGCCGUGAAGGUCGGCGACCUUCUCUUCGCUUCCGGCUCGCUCGGGCUCAACCCGGCGACGGGCAAGAUGGUCGAGGGCGGCGUUGAGGCACAAGCGGAGCAGGCCCUGAAGAACUUGAAGGCUGUUGUCGAGGCUGGUGGAAGCGAGGUUGGAAAGAUCGUCAAGACCACCGUCUUCCUCGCGAACAUGGACGAUUUCGCUGUCUGCAACGCGAUCUACUCUAAAUUCUUUGGCGAACACAAGCCUGCUCGCUCGGCGGUGCAGGUCGCCCGCCUUCCCCUGAGCGCGCUCUUUGAGAUUGAGGCUAUUGCAAGCCUGAAGAAUUAAGAAAGCAAAAUGUAUCAUAACUACUGUACAUGUUGAAUAAACGUCAAAUGUUCCCA